AUGUCCAAGUUGUCCGAACCGUUGAAGCAGCUGAUCAACGCGGCGCACGCACUGCCCGGCUAUCUCAAAGCGCCUCCGACAAUCCGCUCGACAUACUCACGAGUGGCCAACAGCGCGCAAGAAAAUGGCGUCGGGAUCCCAGCUUGGCUGACCAUGGCCACGGCGACGACAAUGACCCUCAACUCGCCGGGGUCGAUGAUUGAGCUGUUCCACCUCACGCAGUCGCUGCCCUCGCCGCCCCCGGCCGCGGAGACGGCGGGCCUGAUGCGCGAGGUCGGGCUCAAGUGUAUAUCGUUCAACGGCAUCCCGCGCACGAUCAACUGUCUCGGCGCGUUCCGCGAGGGCAUGCCCAAGGACGUAUUCGACAGCAUUCCACCCCAGCCUUCGCGACAACUCGAGCCGGACAAUCUCGAGACGUCCCUCGCCCGCGGCCGCGCUCUCUGGGACAGCGUAUACAAGCCGUUCGAGGGCAAACUCCUCGACAAGCUGGCGCAGAGCCACCCCAAUCUAUCCGUCCACAUCCUGAACGGCCACUACUCGAACCUGCUCUCGGACCCUCCCGGGGACUCGCCCGUCAAAGUCGGCCGCGUGCUCACGUCCCUCGUCGCCAUCGCGUGCUUGCGCGCCCAGACCGGCGUCGGCCCACAAGUCACCAGCCACGUCUUCGGUCUACGAAAGGCCUAUGCCGACGGCACCGCCGAGACGGACAUUGAAGGCGGCGACUGGCUUGCGACCGACGAAGGAAACCAAUGGAUCAUCAACGCCGUCGAUGAGAUCGUCCAGGGACUGAGCGAGGGACGAGGGACCACUUUCGCUCCCGGAAUGGGUGCGAAGCUGCAGGCAAAGUUGUAG